UAUAUCCUGCUUAUAUUGUUAUAAUGUUAUUUUUAUACUGCUACAGUGUUGUUUUUAUUUUUACUUUUUUUUUUGUACUACUGCCAAAUAGGAGCUGCUAAACAGAUUUUCACAGUGAUACUGCCUGACAAUGUUAACGGUGACAAUAAAGUAUUCUUAUUCAAAGGUGGGCCAACAGAGGGUUCCAUUUGCCACCACACCCACCCUGGUAGCCAUGGAAACCAUUAUACCAACAACUCAGCUAACAACUCAGCGAAACCAGUUUCCAGACGUCCUGUUCAUUGUAACAAAGACAAGAUGGAAGAGGAAAAUGCAUUAAGUCUGAAUAUCACGACAGAGUCGGCUCGACUUGUGGAUUCGUUGCUGGAGAGACGCCACGGCACUGUAACGACGGAGCAGCAGGAGGAAGACUCCUCUGACAGUGAGAUGAAGAAUAUUAACUGGGUUGCUUGCAAAGACUUCACAGUCGAAGUGGGGGAAAGGCAGAUUGGAGAGUACAUCCAAACCUGGGAGCUGCAGCCCUGCUGGCUCUACAGUCUGGACUUCCUCUGCUCCACCGAGAAGGACUAUCAUACCAUCUACCACUACCGGGCCCGCUUCAGUAUCCCGACCUCCCGGAGGCCCAUUCAGGGGACAGCCAGCGUCUAUUUCGUGGUGGACAUAUCUAAAAUCAAACCGCAGACUCUGCCAGUGGAGGUGCGCUUUAUAGUGGAGUCAAACAGGCUGGUGCACACACCCGGGAGGAGCAGGUUCGGGGAGAAGUGGCUGGUGGACGUUAUCGAGAGCAAGACUUUGCUCCGACGAGCGCUGGACCUUUGAACCGAUUUCUGGAAGCUUCUAAAAGACUCCCAAAAGUUAUACCUAACUUGCUAAGUGUUAACAUUAAACCCCACAGAGUGAA